AUGUAUGUAACUUAUGAAAAGGUUGAAAUACAGUCUGAAAAUAAUUUCUCUCAACUUGUGCAUGGACAAAACAUUGUAAUUAUACCGGAAUUCACCCUUCAGUCCGGUCAUACCUUACAUAAAGUACCUGUGGCAUAUAAAACAUGGGGAACAGUUAAUGAAAAUAAAGAUAAUGUUAUGAUAAUCUGUCAUGCACUUAGCGGAAGUGCUGACGUACAAGAUUGGUGGGGUCCACUUAUCGGUAAGGGAAGAGCAUUUGAUCCUACGAAAUUUUUUAUUUUCUGCGGCAAUAUGUUCUCGUCACCCUAUGGAACCGCCUCUCCUGUUACCAUAAAUCCUGAAACUGGAAAAUAUUACGGACCCGAAUUCCCCCCGACAACGCCAAGAGACGAUGUCAGGCUUCAUAAGAUGGUUCUUGAUUCAUUGGGAAUUAAGAAAGUUGCAAUUUGUAUCGGAGGUUCUAUGGGCGGUAUGCAGGUUCUGGAAUGGUCUUUUUAUGGAUCAGACUAUGUCAAAACCAUUGUUCCGAUCGCUACAUCUGCUCGUAAUUCAGCUUGGUGUAUCAGUUGGAAUGAAGCUCAAAGGCAAUCCAUAUAUAGCGAUAAUAAAUAUUGUGAUGGAUAUUACGAUCAUAAUGAUCCCCCCGCCACUGGACUUUCGGCUGCCAGGAUGUCAGCACUUUUAACUUAUAGAUCACGAGAUUCCUUUGAGUCAAGGUUUGCUUUGCUUAUACAUAAUGAUGGACAUAGAAGUGAAAAUAGAGAGGGUUUUCUUUCGAAUAAUAAUGUUGAAGAUCAUGUUGAAACAAUUGAUACAAAAGAGUGGACGGAAAAUAAUGAUAACGAACAUUCCACAAAAUCUGUUCCUAACGUUUUUUCAGCACAAUCUUAUCUUCGUUAUCAGGGUGAAAAAUUUGUUAAAAGGUUCGACGCUAAUUGUUACAUUAAUCUUACGAGGAAGAUGGAUGCUCAUGAUGUGGCAAAAGAUCGUGGUGAUUUGGAAAAGGUCUUAAGCAGCAUUCAACAACCUGCCUUAAUUAUUGGAAUCGAAUCAGAUGGGUUAUUUACAAUUUCAGAACAAUAUGAAUUAGCGGAAUUUAUUCCAAAUUCAGAGAUGGUUACAAUUCAGUCUCCAGAUGGACAUGAUGGAUUUUUAUUAGAAUUUGAUCAAAUUAAUAGACAUAUACUUCGAUUUAUUCGUAAAUUCCUUCCUGACAUUGCAAAGAAUGAAUUAUGUGACAUCAAAGAUGUUGUAGGAUUAGAAGAUGAUCAAAAAGAUGUUUAUGGGGGAGAAAUUAAAGCUACCAAAAACAGCUUAUUUGGUGAAGCUGAAGUGAUAAAGUGGUGA